AGCUUGGACUUCCGUCCCGCUUCAGCAGAGACACUCUGAGACUGUGGAAAGCUGAGCAGGGACACAGAGCAGAAGACCCAGGUGUCACCAUGGACAGGUUGACGCUGCGGCUCACUCUACUUUGGGCCUUUGCCCUCACAGGCACCCUGGCUGUGAACAUGGAGGGGAAGCUCAUCAAGCACCUCUUUGAGGAGAGAAACUACAAAAAGGAACUGAGGCCGGUGGCUUCCAAGGAUGAGACCGUCUCCAUCACCCUGGGGCUCACCCUCUCCAACCUUGUCUCUCUGAAAGAGGCUGAUGAAACUCUCACGAGCAAUGUAUGGAUUGAGCAUGGAUGGACGGACUACAGACUUCAGUGGAAUGAGUCUGAAUUUGGUGGCAUCAGCUUGCUACGUCUCCCUUCAGACAUGCUAUGGCUGCCGGAAAUUGUCUUGGAGAACAACAAUGACGGUGAAUUCCAGAUCACCUACAAUGCCAACAUUCUGCUUUACAAUACAGGCUAUGUGUACUGGCUACCUCCCGCCAUCUUCCGCAGUGCUUGCCCCAUCAAUGUCAACUUCUUUCCCUUUGACUGGCAGAAUUGCACCUUGAAGUUCAGCUCACUGAUGUACAAUGCCAAGGAGAUCUCCAUGGAGCUCAAAACAGAUGAGGACAUUUUGACCAAGAAAUCUUAUCCAGUGGAAUGGAUCAUCAUUGACCCAGCAGGCUUCACCGAGAAUGGCGAAUGGGAGAUCAUCCACAGACCAGCCCGCAAGAACAUUGACCCAAGCGUCUCUCCGGAGAGCAACAGGCACCAGGACAUCACUUUCUACCUCAUCAUCAAGCGCAAGCCUCUCUUCUACAUUAUCAACAUUGUCACCCCUUGUGUCCUCAUUGCCUUCAUGACCACCCUGGUGUUCUACCUGCCUGCUGACAGUGGGGAGAAGGUGACCUUGGCGAUCUCCAUCUUGCUGGCUCAGUCCGUCUUCCUGCUCCUGAUCUCCCAGCGUCUGCCUGCGACCUCCUUGGCCAUCCCUCUCAUUGGCAAGUACCUGCUUUUCAUCAUGCUGCUAGUGGCUAUAGUUGGGGUGGCCUGUGUCGUGGAGCUCAACAUCCACUUCCGUACACCUAGCACACAUAUCUUGUCCAACUGGACCACAGAGCUCUUCCUGGAGACCCUGCCACGCCUCCUGCACAUGUCCCAGCCAGCUGACAGUGAGCCAGAGCCACAGGACGGCCUGCAGAUCCGGCGCAGCAGCUCCAUUGGCUACAUUGUCAAGGCCGAGGAGUAUUUCACCGUCAAGUCCCGCAGUGAACUCAUGUUCGAGAAGCAGUCGGAGAGGCAUGGCUUGACCAGCCGGGUCACGCCAGCAAGGCCAAAACCUCAAGGUGUGGAUGACAUGCAGGAGCUACUCUACAACGAGAUCAAGCCGGCAAUCACUGGGGCCAACUUCAUUGUUCAGCACACACGAGACAAGAAUAACUUCAAUGAUGAGAAAGACAGUUGGAGCCGCAUUGCCCGCACGGUGGAUCGCCUCUGCCUCUUCCUGGUCACACCAGUUCUGAGCCUGGGCACCUUGUGGAUCUUCUUGAUGGGGAUCUACAACCACCCCCCACCCGUUCCCUUUGAGGGGGAUCCUUAUUUCUACCAUGAAGACUACAAGCGCUUCCUCUAGAGCUGGGCACCCUUGCUCCCAGAUAUGUCCAGGCCUUGACUUCCUACAAAUACAAUGCAUAUUUAUAUACCUACCUGUGGAAUGGGAGCGGGGCGGACUCGGGCUCUUGCUUCUGCUUCCCCCAACCUCACCCCACAUGGGGGUUGUGUUCUCUUAAGUUAUUUCUGCUUUUCUGUCUUAUUUCCUCUGGUGUAACACACUGAGGCUGAUCACACAAGCAGCACUACCCAGGCUUCAGCAGCCAUACCUGGGUAGGGCUCGUGUGAAGCGCCGGGAUCAUAGCUGAUUCUGGCGCUGCCUCUCCGGGCAGCCCAGGGUUAUUACCCCAGCUUUUACCCUGGUAGAAGGGCAUGAGUGCACCCUUCCGCCCCGGUCCCUGGUUGUGUGUCUGCUUGGGCUGCCUGCAACCCAAGCAGACACAGAGUCCAUCACCUUGAGUACCCGGCUGGGGGAGAAUCCCUCAAUGCACCACACUCCUUGUUUGAUAUAUUUAGGGAUAUCUGGAGGCUGGCCUGUGUUUUCCCAGCCUCCCGAUGGUUGUGGAAUAGAGACCAUCUGGGGGAAAGGGAGGUGCUAUCCUUCCUCCCCCACACCUACCCUCCCUGCCUGACUUGGAGGUCGUGUGAACGACCUUACUGUCUUUUGCAGCUUCGGUCUCCCAGAAAAUAAGAGAGAAUGUAUGGAGGCAGAGGACAAUCCUAUGCUGCACAAGAUACUGUAAAUAGUUGUAUGAUUUAUCAGUAGUAGGGCUGAUUUGGAAGCACCCUCCCUAAUUCAGUACAGAAAGGUAUAGUUUUCUAUUCUAGGCAAGCUCUGGGAAGACAGUUUUGCAAGUUUUAGGUGUGAUUUAUUUAUGUAUUUAUUUGAUGUAUAUACCACCUUCCCAAAUGUAUAUACCACCUUCCCAAAUUGGCACAGGGUGGUUUACAUUAAAAUCAAAAACACAUAACACAAUCAAAAACCAUUUAAAAGCAUUUAAAUUAAAACCAGAUAUCCUUAAAAGCCAGGCUAAAAAUAUGGAUCUUUAAGGCUCUCCUGAAGGCCUACAAGGAAGGUAAUCCCCUCAUAUCUGGCAGGGAGCACGUUCCACAACUUAGGGGCAACAACUGAGAAGGCCCAAUCCCAGAUCUCCACCAGAUGAACCAGUGGCACCCAAAGACGCCCACACACACCCACACCGAUGAUCUCAGUGAGCAGUGGGGAGACAAUGCACUGUUUGGGGAAAGUAUAAACAAUUUCUGUCAUUGGUCAUGGCUGUCCAUGGUGUGUCCCGUGUGUUCAGCAGAUCAAAGCUUCCUCUUUAUAAGUGGGGGAAACUGUGGUGAUAGCCAUGGUUAGAUAUUUUUAAAAAGAGGAAUGGACCAAUUCAUGGAGAAGGAGAGAUCUAUCUAGGUCUACUAGCCGUAAUGGCUAAUUAGAAUCUCAGUGCAUAGGGGCAGUAUGCCUCUGAAUGCCAGUUGCUGAGGAGCAGCUAUGGGAGAGCACUAUUUCUUUUAUGACCUGCCUGAGGGCUUUCUAGAGGCAUCGUCUCUUGAGUGUCCCAAUCCUAAACCAAGCACAGGGCAGGCAGAUCUGCUUGGAGCCCCAGAAUGGGAUGAACAUAAAUGGACACAAUAAACACAUUGAUUGGUGUCGCAGACAUCUUUUCUAAAAUAACCAAUUGUACUGUGUCUGUUUCUGGGUGUUGCAAUUUAAGAAAGGCAUUGAUGAACUGGAAGGGGUUCAGAACAGGGAAACCAAGAUGAAGAAAGCUCUGGAAACCUAGGUCUUCUAGGAAUGAUUGAAGGAGCUGAGUGUGCUUAGCUUGAGGAACAGAAGAUAAGGGAAGAUACAUAUGCUGGCCAUCUCCAAAUAUGUGGAGGACUACUACAACAACAACAAAUAUUUAUAUACCGCUUUUCAACAAAAGUUCCCAAAGCAGUUUACAUAGAGAAAUAAAAAAUAAACAAAGACAGAUCCCUGUCCCCAAAGGGCUCACAAUCCAAAAAUAAACAUAAGAUAGACACUAGCAACAGCCACUGGAGGGAUGCUGUGCUGGGGUUGAAUAGGGCCAGUUGCUUUCCCCCUGCUCAAUAAAGAGAAUCACCACUUUAAAAAGGUUUCUCUUCUUUGCUCAGUUAGCAAGGGCCUAGAAGAAGGAGCAGUCUUGUUCCCUGUUGUUCCUGGGGUCAGGACGAAACAAUGAGCAGAAAUGACCCCAAAAAAAAUAAAUAGAUGUAGGGAAGACAUUAGGAAACCUUCCUAACUGUAAAAGCAGUUUGAUAGUGAAACAGUCUGUAGAGGCUUUCCUUUGCUGGAGGUUAUCAAAGAGAGGCUGGAUGGCCACCUGUCAGGCAUGCUGCAGCACAGGGGUUGGCUCGCCAGCUGUUGUUGAACUGCAACGCCCAUCUUCCCUGGCCAUAAUAAAUUGUGGCCAGGAAUGAUGGGAGCUAUCGUUCAGCAGUAGCUGGAGAGCCAAGGUUGCCUAACGCUGUAUGGCAGAUUCCUUCACUGAUUAGGAAUCAGACUAGAAAGUCUCCAAAAUCCCUUCCAGCUCUAUGAUUCUGCCUCAUACCCCACAUAGAAUUCACCUGGAAGUGUGAACACAGCUUUCAUAGAGACAGUGGUCUUGUGUCUUUGGAAAGGAAGUUUAUGUAGCAAUAGAUUCAAAGUACAAAACAUAUAUGCAUAUUGAUCAGAGAACAGUUAGGCUAGGCAUGUCAGUAUUGCAGAUAUUCUUCAUUGUGAAAGCACAGAAUUUGCAGCAGAAACUGGCAAUCUUGUGGUUUGGGGGCUUUUUGUAUUUUAAGGAAGUUUUUAUUCUUUUGUAUGUGCCAUAUUGCUUUUCUUUAUAAUAUUUACAUAUUGCUAAUUGUAGCAUAAGCUUUUGUGGACUACAUGAAAACUUACACUAUAAUAAACAUGUUAAUCUUUAAA